UAAAGCGAGGGAAGGUAUGAGAACCAUGCGCUUGUUUGGUUCCGCCCAGCACAUGUAGGCUGGGAGGAAGGAGUUCAGCAGGUUCAGUCAUACUUCCUGUUGUGUUACCGACAGGAGGGUUGUGAAAUUAGUCUAGCCGGGAUUCCUGACUCAUUUCUCAUGCUGUAGUGGUACGACCCGCCACGUCAGAAAAACCUGCCGUUAACAGCCGCCUUUUGUUAUCAAGUCCCGCCGCUGAGAGACUUGACUUGUUGAACCUAACUGUUUGUUACGUGUAACGGCCGACGGUGUGGCUUUUGUUAUUUGCCAUUGGAUUGCAGCGUUGUUGUGUACCGUCGGUGUGGGCGUAAGGAGCCCACCAGAAUGGUGGAGAGUACCAUGGCUGAGAAACUCUUCCAGUCACCUAAUCUGCUGACUUUACUGAGCGAUUUAGACCACAAGGAGGAGUGUACUACGAGAGAGGACCUGUCCAGUUACCUGUGUGAGCUGUAUGAUCUGGACACACUGGUGGAGGGGAGGGAAGUUCUACUCAUGAAAGCCGGAGCCCAGGAGGAUUUCUCACGUGUCAACCGCAGGCUACAACGUCACAAGAAGAAAUCACUGGCGGAGGAAAUUGUUCUCCUGUCAACGUUUCUUGACGGGAAUGCACAACAGGAACAGGUACGGGAGGACAAGCUGGGUUACUACGACAGCGACUUGGAGAGCCUGUCCGAGUGCGACGUGAACUUGCACCUGCAGUACCCCAACGUCUCCAGCCUGAAAUGUCAGAUUUCUAUGAUUCUUCACAAGGUCAUGGUCAUCGAAGACCGUCUGAGGAGACUGACGGGGAGUAAGAUGGACCUGUUGAAUGUGGAAGACCAGGGAAACCUGACGGACUUUGAUGAAACCCUGGACGACGUCGCAACAGAAAGUGACCCGGGAACAGGAGACAGUGGAUACUCUGGGUCGGGACUCAAGACCAAACCUACGGAACCCAUGUUUUCUCCCUGCCGAGGACCACCAAACUGCAGAUACACCUGUCAUGUGCGGUGUAGACCCUCUGUCUCUCUGGAAUGUUCCACUCCCACGGAGGUGGGGAGUCCCUUCACCCCGGACAGCCCCACCACAGAACACGCACGACUGGCUACCACAAACCUGAAUUCCCCAGACUUGGACACGAGCAACUCAGGUCACAUGACCAAAGAGGAAGUCCGCAGAGCGGUAGAACGGUACAACGCAGAGACUAACGGCCUGGUACUGCAACUGCAAUCAGACGGUGAAUCGUUCCGAGGCUACAUCCGCGUACACAUGAACCUGUCACGACCGGUAACGGUUGCCGCCGGAACACGACCUCUGACCCUAUACGGCUCCUUACGAAUCAACGACCAGGAAGACACGAUAAAGGAGACGACGUCGUUCUUCCUCCCGCGGGACACGAUCAAGGCGCUCCACAUCACCAGCAACACCACGGUACGAGAGGUCAUCCAGGCACUACUGAAGAAGUUCAAGGUCACGGACAACCCCAGGAAGUUUGCUCUGUUUGAGAAGACAGUGGAACAAGAGGGCAAUGUCCUGAUGAGGGUUCUGCCUGACACAGAGGAACCACUCCACCUCAGUCUGCGGUGGGGACCCAACAACACAACACACGAGUUUGUACUACAGGAGAACGAGUUCACAGGAGAGAUCAUGUGGGAUGCGUUCAGCCUCCCGGAGCUGCACAACUUCCUGACGAUCCUGGACCGUGAGGAGGAUGAACACCUGAGACAGGUGAUGGACAGGUACAACACCUACAAGGAGAAACUGGAGGAGGCCUUACUGGGAGUCUCACCUGUACAGUGCUCUGCAUGACAACACACAAACAAACAAACAAACACAUCCUUCAGUGGGGAACAGUUCUGUGAUG